CUUUCUGGUAAGGAUGAUGAGUUUGUAUUACUCCAUCCAAAUAAAAAAAAUUCAGACUGUCUCUUCUACACAAGGUACUCUACUGGGUUGACCUUGUAAGUUAGUUGAUACCUGAGACCUUAAUUUUAUGAGAUACCUGGCCAAGGUAUCUCAUAACCUGUGGAUAUAUUAGCUCCUCGAUUGAGACAAGAUCAUAAGUUAGAGCCCAGACUGGACCACUUACACUGCCUAAAAAAUACUGCUUUGAAGUCAUAAAACCAAUUAGACAGUAACUGUUGGGAGAGAAACGCUUGGGUGGUGGACAGAUCAGUCCUUGCUGAUGUGCUCUAUGGAUUGUGGGUUUGCUUUGGAUGGUUUAGAGUACAGCAGGCCUGAUCUCAAUCUAUUUCUGCAACAUGACAGUAACAUGAGUAAACCUCUCUGAUUCCUAGAUUCCUUAUCUGUAGAAAGAGUAUGACACUGCUAUCCCAGAGAGCAUCCACAUGAAGAGCAGGCCAGGCCCCACUUCCUGUCCCCAUGGCUUCAGACUCCAGUGUCUUCACAUGGAGUCAAGGGGUGAUUUUUGGCAAAACCCAUUGUGUGUGCUCUUUUCUAGGAUGAAUGAAAUGAAUCUGAGCCCAGUGGGGAUGGAGCAGCUGACCACCUCCUCUGUGAGCAACACCUUGCCAGUCUCAGGAGGUCACCUGGGCUUGGCUGCCUCUCCCACGCACAGUGCCAUCCCUGCCCCCGGUCUGCCAGUGGCAAUUCCAAACCUGGGUCCAUCCCUGAGCUCCCUGCCUUCUGCUUUGUCUUUGAUGCUUCCAAUGGGAAUUGGCGAUCGUGGGGUGAUGUGCGGGUUACCUGAGAGAAACUACACCCUCCCUCCACCGCCUUACCCUCACCUGGAGAGCAGCUACUUCAGAACCAUUCUUCCUGGCAUUUUAUCCUACCUAGCGGACAGGCCACCUCCUCAGUACAUCCACCCCAACUCUGUCAACGUGGAUGGCAAUGCAGCGUUGUCCAUCGCCAACAAUCCUUCAGCUCUAGAUCCCUAUCAGUCCAGUGGAAAUGUUGGGUUGGAACCAGGCAUUGUUUCAAUAGACUCUCGUUCUGUGAACACACAUGGUGCCCAAACUCUGCAUCCCAGUGAUGGCCACGAGGUGGCCUUGGACACUACAAUCACCAUGGAGAACGUGUCCAGGGUCACCAGCCCAAUCUCCACUGAUGGAAUGGCAGAGGAGCUCGCGAUGGACAGUGUUGCAGGCGAGCACUCCCAAAUCCCAAAUGGCUCCCGAAGUCACGAACCACUCUCUGUGGAUUCUGUGAACAGCAACCUUGCCGCGGACACCGUGGGACAUGGCGGUGUGAUCCCCAUUCAUGGCAGUGGCCUGGAGCUCCCUGUGGUCAUGGAGACAGACCACAUUGCUAGUCGGGUGAGCGGGAUGUCUGACAGUGCCCUCAGUGACUCAAUCCACACCGUGGCCAUGAGCACCAACUCUGUCAGUGUGGCACUCUCUACCUCACACAGCCUCGCCUCCCUAGAGUCGGUUUCUCUCCAUGAGGUGGGCCUCAGCCUUGAGCCUGUGGCUGUCUCCUCCAUCACCCAGGAGGUUGCCAUGGGGACAGGUCACGUGGAUGUGUCUUCAGACAGUCUUUCUUUUGUACCGCCUUCGUUGCAAAUGGAGGACUCCAAUUCAAACAAGGAAAAUAUGGCAACCUUGUUUACAAUUUGGUGCACUCUGUGUGACCGAGCCUACCCCUCUGAUUGCCCCGAUCACGGACCAGUGACUUUUGUUCCUGAUUCUCCGAUAGAGAGUAGAGCACGGCUUUCUCUCCCGAAGCAGCUUGUUCUCCGCCAGUCAAUCGUGGGAGCAGAUGUUGGUGUGUGGACCGGAGAGACCAUCCCUGUGCGCACUUGCUUUGGGCCUCUGAUCGGUCAGCAAAGUCACUCCAUGGAGGUGGCUGAGUGGACAGACAAGGCCGUUAGCCACAUCUGGAAGAUCUACCACAGCGGCGUCCUGGAGUUCUGCAUUGUCACGACUGACGAGAAUGAGUGCAACUGGAUGAUGUUCGUGCGCAAAGCCAGGAAUCGGGAAGAGCAGAAUUUGGUGGCUUAUCCGCAUGAUGGCAAAAUCUAUUUCUGCACCUCACAAGACAUCCCCCCUGAAAAUGAGCUGCUUUUCUAUUACAGCCGGGACUAUGCUCAGCAGAUGGGUGUUCCUGAGCACCCAGAUGUGCACCUCUGCAACUGUGGGAAGGAGUGCAGCUCCUACACAGAGUUCAAGGCCCAUCUGACCAGCCACAUCCACAACCACCUCCCCAGCCAGAGCCAUGGCAGCAACCACGGGCCCAGCCACAGCAAGGAGAGGAAGUGGAAGUGCUCCAUGUGCCCGCAGGCUUUCAUCUCUCCCUCCAAGCUGCAUGUCCACUUCAUGGGUCACAUGGGGAUGAAGCCCCACAAGUGUGACUUCUGUAGCAAGGCUUUCAGUGAUCCCAGCAACCUGCGGACCCACCUCAAGAUACACACAGGCCAGAAGAACUACCGGUGUGCUCUGUGUGACAAGUCUUUCACCCAGAAGGCUCACCUGGAGUCGCACAUGGUCAUCCACACCGGGGAGAAGAACCUCAAGUGUGACUACUGCCACAAGCUAUUCAUGCGGAGGCAGGACCUCAGGCAGCACGUGCUCAUCCACACGCAAGAACGCCAGAUCAAGUGUCCCAAGUGUGACAAGCUGUUCUUGAGGACAAAUCACCUAAAGAAGCAUCUGAAUUCUCAUGAAGGAAAACGCGAUUAUGUGUGUGAGAAAUGCACGAAGGCCUACCUGACCAAAUACCACCUCACCCGCCACCUGAAAACCUGCAAGGGCCCGGCCUCCAGCUCCUGCGCCCCAGACGAGGACGAGGACGAGGACUCUGAUGAGGAGGACCUGGCAGAGCCUGUGGGGCCGGAAGGCUGCAGGCUGAGCAGUGCUCUGUACUCAGCAGAUGAACCCCUCUCAGUGCACAAAUGAAGACACAAAGGGAAGGGAGAGGCACACAGCCAGUUGCCCGUGACAGUGCUUUCAUAUGAAGUGGUUUCUGGUACCUUCCAGCCAGCAGAUACAGAUGGAGUGGAGACUGCUUAGGAGGGUCUCCAGAUGAGACAUCCGUCCGACGGGGAGGUGAGGUGAGCGAGCGUCCUGUUUCUGGGGAUUGUGGGGAAGGGUCGGCCUUUUUGAGGUUGGUUCUUUAUUUCCAGGAUAAUCUGGGAGAUGCAUUCAUGCCUCUGUCAGAGUGGCCUUCUGCCCAAACCAGAUUUAUUUCCGAUUCUUCUUCUUCCACCUCCUCGCUGUGACUCAUUGCUAUCCCACAGUUGCUCCACACUGAGCCAUGAACGUGCAUGGCACUGUCUCCCGCUGAGAGGCCAAAACCAUCUCCUGCAGCACCCUGUCCCAGCCUGGGCGGUUCAGGUUUUCAGCAGUGCCCCGGGGCUGAUACAGAAAGGAGCAGCCAGUCAGUCAGUGGGCACUGACAGGAGCAGAGGGCUGGGAGGCUGGCUCCUGCCGAGGACUGGUGUGUGGGUGCUGCGGUGAGGCCUGGUCAUCACACCGUCUGGCUGGCUGGGCAUGGCUCUGACUCCAGUAAGCCCAGCCCCCAAGAGCCCAGACGGCUCCGAGCUUCCUCCUGGCAGGAAGGAAUGGUCUUUGCUUGCUUCUUCCCCUGUGAAAAGGAUAAGCCACUGGUAAUGGGUUCGCAGUUCAAAGCACCAGUGACGCCAUAGGGUGGGCUCUGGGUCGGGCCUGGCAGUGCGGAGGGGCCUCUAGGUAAGCUUGGUGGGCAUCUGAGGGUUUGGAAGGUAGAGGAGGCUGUGUGGCCACUGCCUCUGCAGGAAGCAGAUGGCCUGUAAUGUGCCCUUCUGCUUGAGGGCUGCACCUCCAGAGUGGGCCAGAGGACUUUGGUGGAAGGUUUUGCUGCUAAUGUAUUUAUGGAAUGAAUGUAUUCAUUCAGAUCUGUAUUCCUCUAGGAAGGAUGAAAAUAAACUUUUUUUUAAAAAGUACAGGACUUUGUUGUAAUUCUAUAUUCAGUCCCACAGUCUGGCAAACCAAGCACUGACAAGUACCGUCUUUCCAGAAACGUACUCGAAGGAGACCCUGAGCAGCCAGCUCGGGAGGCGGUCCCAUCUCCAGUGGGCCACGAGCACUGGAUAUCUCCACCGCUGGAAAGGGUGGCCCAGAUCAGUGAUGGUUCUCGCCUUAGUUUUCUCAUUUAUACACACUUGGGGGUCAUCAGGCCCUGGGGUCUGCCUAGCUGCCUGGGGACAGCCUGCCUUUCAGAAACCGUGGAAUUGCUGGCCCAGCCUAACGUGACACAGUGAGCAUGGAAAACUAAGGGGACUGCCUGUGCCGGUGCAGCAUCUGCCUACAUUGCCGUUACACCGAGGAAGUGAGAGGCUCACGCUGACUGAAGCUCUCCAUGGAGCCCCAGCAAGCUGCGCAGGACACAGAUGCAGAUAUGUACGUGGGAUCAGUUCAGGCCAUGGCAGCACACGGCCACACGUACUGCAAGCGGUGUGUCGUUAGGUUUGGAAGCAUCCAGUGUUUUCACACAAACCUAGAUGGCACAGGUCAGUCCCUUGAUGUGGCCUAUUGAUGCCAUCAAGGGACAUAAUGAAGACUUGGUGUAUGUGGCUAUAACUGGUGCAGUAGGGCAUGCUGUCUUGCAGCAAACUUCGCAGUGGGAAG